CAACCCUCCGGAAAAGACUCCAAAUGAGAGCGAGAGUGUGUUCACGCUGGCCGCGAGCAAGCUUUUGGUAGAUCGUGUGGAAGCUUCUUCGGUUCCGCUCAUCAAACCACUCUCAGUCCACCCUAAAGGUCGGAGACGCUGGUUUUAUAAAAGUUUGUUUCCCCAACCGACCGGCAGCUCAAACGAUCACGGACUGUCCAGCGAGACAGACGCGCGCCAGCGUUCCUCAGUCAGCGUCGAAAGCUCCGUUUACAGGUUGCCGUUCGGCGUCGGGAGGAAUAACUUUCAUUUUGUGUGUAGUGGUUGUGCUUUACAACGCAAGGUUCGGAUAACGGGUGCCGAAAACGAGUCGCGUUCUGCUUAGCUUCCGUAGCUCGCAAAUAUUCGUAGGACAACGGUUCUUUGAAUCUCACCACGAUGAGAUUGUUUGUUUUGGCGAUCGCCGCCCUGGUGGUCCUCCAUGGGUACGUGGAGUCAAAGAAUGUAACAAACCCCACCGUCAAAUCGUCCCCGACAACGAAAUCGGCCUCAACUCCGACGACCGUGUCCACCAAAAAGCCCUCACCGACGGAGACAAAGCAACCGGGCAGCGAUCGGGAGGCUCGAGGCAAGCGAACGCUCGAGUUUGGCAACUAUGCCAAUUACAACCGGUACCAGAGCGUACCGGCGCACACCGUCCAGCGUCGCGUGUCACACGCUUACCAAGAUCCGGGUCAGUACAGCCACUUCCAGAGCAACUACAUUCAGCCGCAAUACUCGUACCAGCACCAUCACUCUGCUCCGUCUGGUCCCGGUCCCGUAGGUUCUUAUCAAGGAUUUGAUGGAGAUAGUUCCAACAGCAUUGGUAGCUUCCAGUCACUUCCGCCGGUAGUGCACCCGCACUACAUCGAACCGCCGGAGCCGAUCAUUGAGAUUAUCAUCAAGGAAAGCAACGAUUCGCUGCCGCUCGACGCCCAGACGAUCCUGCCGAAGCAGAAGAAGAAGAAGGAGGAGGUGCAGGUAUUCUACGUCAAGUACCACAAGGACGAGAAGAAUGGUCAGCUCGUGCUGGAUGAUCCGCUGCCCGCCAUCAAGCCCAUUCCGGACGAAAGUGAAGAGGAGGAAGAUCUGUCGCAGGAACCGAUCAUCGUGACGCCCAGCCCACCGUUGAAAACGACGACGUUGCGUGCCGUUAUUAAUCCCGAUUCGGAGAAGUACCACAGUAACAGUGGCAUUCGUAUCUCGUUCGGGGUGGAAGAUAAGCACCAGUCCGGCCAUCAGCUGUCGGAGACGGAGAGUGAGUCGGUUGCGCAGCCGAUUGUCGCACUGCCACAGCAUCUGGUCGAUCAGCGUUCCAAGUCGGAUGUGUUCUACCAGCAGCAUCAGCAGUUUGUGCAGCAGCAUCACGAUCGCUCCGUGAGACAGCACUAUCAGCAGCAACCUCAGCCACAACAGCCACAGCAGCAUGGACCACAGCAGUACCAUCAUCAGCAGUUCAAUGCCCCGGUGCAGCAGCAUCAGUACCAUCAUCAACCACCGCCACAAGCUCAGCCACUUGUGCAGCAACAUCAGGAGCAGCAGAACUUUGGACAACGAUUUGCUCCGGCCACUCCACAGCCAUACCGGGCUCAGCCUCCACCACCGCCACCGCCACCACCACAGCCGCAGCCUCAGUUCCAACAGCAUCAGCAACACCAGCAACACUUCCAGCAGCAACAGCAGCAUCAGCAGCAACAUCAGCAACACUUCCAACCACAACCGCAACCUCAGCCGCAGCCUCAGCAGCCGCGCGUAGUGUACCAGCAGGCACAACCGCAGCAGCAGCACUCUCAACAACCAUUCCAGUACCGUGGGCAGUUCAACCAGCAACAGCAACAGCCACAGCCACAGUAUUUCAACCAGCCGGCGCCAGUGCCUCAGCCACGCCCUCAGCAAGUUCGAUUCCCUCCACCGCAGCAGCAGCAGCAGCCGCAGCCGAAUUUCUACCAACCUCAGCCACAGCAACCGCAGCCAUCACCACCACAGCAACAACCUCAGUUCCAGCGGCAAGAGUAUCAGCAACCAAAACCGAUUCCGAUCCCACUCCACAACAUUAACCAGCAGCCACCACUAAGACAGCAGUACUCAACCCAGCAGCUCCAGGCUCAGCCUGCUCAGCCACCGAAACCUCAACCACAGUUCAACCAGCCCUUCAACAACUUCUACAAACAGCAGCCACAAUCGGCACCGCAACCUCAGAUCCAGCAGCAGCAGCAGUUCCGCAAGCCAUUACCACCACCGCCAUCGAAUCUGCAGCAGCCACCCUUCCUGGCCGCUCGCCCACAGUCACCGGUCCAACAGCAACCCACCUUCCAGAAUGAACGGCCGAACGUAGAUGUCCGAACGAACUUCUUCGACGUGCCACGUCCCGUGCAGGGAGGACUCGUGCAGCAGGCAGCUCCGAACCUAGGACCGACCCGUGCACCAGACCAGCUGAAGGGAGCUGCUCCCCAUUCGAGCCUGUCCGACAACGAGCAUCUGGCCAACCUGAAGCACGUGCUACCGGCUGGCGGAGAGCUUGUACCCUCGGUGUCGAAGUACGAAAAACACAUCACCGAGACCGUGAAUGGACCAACGUCCGGCCUACGGCUAACGGCAUCCGGAAACGAUCCAUCGAAUCGUCCCCCGUUCUAUAACAUCCAGCCAUCGCAAGAGCUGAUCAGCCACUCGAUCGAACCGACGAUCGAAACUGUGCAGAACAAAAACAUUGGUCCGCUUGUGUCGAACAUUGGACCGCUGCCGACACCGCAGAAGUACGUCAGCCAGCAGGCGGCCCAAAUCAUUCCGAACUCGGAACCGGUCAACUAUCGCGUGGACCCCCGUUUCAACUCCAACUUCCAGGGCGGCGCACCAACGGCUCAGGGUCCAAGCAGUACACCGUCGACCGUGGGCACUACCCGCACUACCUAUUCGCCCACGUUCUCCACCACACCGCGCACGACCGUCGGACGCUACACGGCACCUCCAUCACCCACGACAACACCGUACCGCACGACGCGUCCACCGACCACCACGACAACUACACCUGCGCCACGUUCGGCCGCCGAAGAAGCUGCCGCAAAUGAGAAGAAACAGAAAGCCCUGUUCGAACUGCCCGACGAGGUACCGGAUGAUCUGAGGGAGCAGCUGCUUUCGUCUGGAAUUCUGGAGAAUGCCGAUAUUAGCGUGCUCGACUACGACAAGAUCGGUGAGACAGCGCUGGAGAACCUUCCGCCAGAGCAUUUGGCUAACUUCUUCAACGCUGGCGGUGGUUCACAGCUGGCCGGCUCGAACAACGUCCUGUCCGUGUUGAAACCGAACGGUGAUAAGCUGGCGGAGAAGUUCAUUACCAAGAACUACGACGUCAAGGAUAAGCGUGAUGAGCGCGAUCGGUACGAAAUUGCGCAACCGAGCCAAACUGAGGGCGAAUCGGUUGCACAAGCGGAAGAGGAUCAACCAACGAUCGUAACGAUGCCGGAACGACAGAAUGUGGAUUUGAAGGUGGUGCGCUUCGAUUCGAACAAUCAGCGCAACGUGACGGAUCGCUACAUCAAGCAAGACUCGACCAUUCUGCCCUCGGUGGAUGUGACCGGUGAGGAUGAGUCGGGUGCGACAGAUCAGGUGUUUAAUCGCUAUCUGCCGCUGAAGAUCAACGGUGCUCAGUUCCCGAUUCCCGAUGUGGCGGAGCUGCGUGGUCGUAAGAUUGCGAGCGUCGUUGUGUUGGCUCCGGUAGAUAAUGGCCCGACGGCGGCAGCAGGCAAGAAUGGCGAAAGCGGUAGCGAAGAGGGUGGUUCAUCGAGCGGAUUUCUGAUCAACGCGGAGGACGAUGCGACGGACGAGCAGCAGCAAGAUCAGCAACAGUCACGGUUCGAGCGUGAUGUGUUGCUCGAUUCGAAGAAGAUCAAGUUCAUUGCGGGCGAAGCGUUGAAGCAGCUGAUCAAGAAGCCUUCGAGAGAAAACUUCCGCCGGUGGUUGGAGCGCGAGGGCAAAACGGACGUAGAUUUGCAGAGCGUGGUACUGUUGGUGACGAGGAACGAUGACGAUGAGCAGGAAAUCUUCAUGUACGACAUUGCCACCAAAGGUGUGACGCAUCUGAGCGGUGAACUGUCGGCAGCCUUCGUACAGGUGGCCGAAGAGAACGCCAAAACGCAAAACUUCGACGAGGUGCCGAUCGUGGACAGUGGUAUCGUGGAGCAGAUGGAAACGAAGUCAUCGUCCGAAUCCAGCCCAGACUAUGGCGCCGGUUCGUACGCACUAACAUCGUCCGAAGAGCAGGACGACCAAGCGCAAGCAUCCGAGCGGAAAGCAAUCUACGUCUAUCCGGAAAACUACCGAGGGUUGGAGGUAAACUCCGGCUACAGUAACAUUAAGAAGUAGAGAGAGAGAGAGGGGAGGUUCCGGUUUAGGAAAAGAGAAGAAAGUUCAAAACACCGUUGCUAGAAACUAAUGCCCCGUUUCCGUGGAUGUCCGGUCCGACGAAUUGCUGCUGCCAGUACAAGAGUAAGAAGAGUCACGAGGGAUACGACGGGGACACGGACCAAUGUGGAAUGGUGGAUAGGUGAGCGAGAUUGUUUACAAUAUGUGGUUGAUGUCCAUCCGUCUAUCAGUCAGUAUAUCCCGGCCUGUGCCAGCUUGCGUCCAUUUUGCAGUAGUGUACGUAUUGUGUACGUGUUUCGUUUGACUCUCAAUCGAUGGAUUUCUUCGGCAGUAGCGUUCGGAAGGAGAGAUGUAGGCACCCAGGGCUUCAAGGUGGAAUGCGAAUCGCUAGUUGAGAAUAUCGAGGACAUUAGGUUCCCUUUUUUUGUGUCAGUGAAGCCGGGGCCAAAAGGAAUUGUGUAAAGGCGCUCACAAAACUGUAAAUAGUGUGCACGGUCGAGGAUGGUGGUCGGUCAGCGUUCCGACCGCGCCUCGAUCUUAGGUAGGACAAUUGAUGUACGUUUAAAAAAAUCAAAGCUAAAACGAACAAAACCAGAUUUUCCAAGUUGCCAGAAUUCGUUCGAUCGCGAUCGAUACGAUCGGUGCGCCCGCUUGGGACGGACAGGAAACCACCUGCAUCUCAUCGAGGGAAUCGUUCACCGAUCGAUCCGAUUGCAAUCGAAGAACUUUUGCGAGAAUAAUGCCGUAACUAGCCUAGCUAUAAUUAUAUAAAGGAGGUGAAAAACACUGAGUGGACAGUUAAUACUAUAAAACUCCUGUUGUUGUUGUUGUUGACGCUGCGGUUUGUUUGACGCUCAGCGCAGAUCGCAUUUUAAUGUAACCGCUCAAACCGCAUAAUCUCCAAAAUUUUUAGGCCAAGAGGAACAAAAUCCGAUCCUUACUGUCGAUGCGAGCGACAUGCGAGCGUUAUGUAAAUUAUUAGAUUUCCACUAGCAGUUAGUAGUCUGUGCUAGCAGUAGGUUCCACGACAAUACGUUUCGCUGAUUGCCCUUAUUACCUUAUUCUUUUGUGAAAUGUUGUGUCCGCUUUUUGUUUCUGCUCCGCCUGAAGGAGACCUUUGCUACUUGUCCUGCAUGUUGUAAAUUAUGGACCCGAAAGCCAUUACCUGUAAUACUCUUCCACCCUCUGUCUCUCUCUCUCUCUUCUUUACCACGCGACAAUGGAAUCUAUUUUUUCAAUAAAUGUUAAUAGUAUCAAAUGUA